AGGAGCUAAUGACCGGGAGAGGUAAUCCCUGUGCCUCCUCCCACAGGGCAAUCAGGAGAGCUAAUGGGACCUCUUAUAUAAAUACAGGUAGUGAAGAGGGACGUACGUAUCAUCAUUAUUUUUUACUACAGGACAGAGUUCCUCUGUAGCUAACUCUGGGCAACAAGACUUUGGAAUUCCUUGGAGAAACUUGGCUUAGCCUUUCAAAGAAAACGUGCUUAACCAUAUCACCUUUUUCACGAGAAAGCCUUUUUGUUUUAGAUUGUAACGGCUUGGACUUUAAGGGCCAGGAUUAUCGUUCGGCGCGAACAAAAGGACAUAGAUUUUUUAAGAAAAUUGGAUUCCAAAGCAGGAUCGCUCCUGUCUUCUUAAAACCGCUUUGGAAAAUGAGUAACUGAUGAGUUAAGAUUAUUAUUAUUUUUUUUUUGGCAUACAGACACUUUUAUUUUGUUUGCUCAGUUUCGGAGCUAUGUUCCCCCUCCCUGGUUUACCCAUCUUCACCCCUGACCAGGUGGCUCGGGUCUGUGAGAAUCUCGAGGAGACAGGAGAUAUUGAGCGCUUGGGGCGGUUCCUCUGGUCUCUGCCCACGCCCGUGCCAGGCUCUGCCAGCGAUGCCCUGAACCGCCACGAGUCAGUCAUGCGUGCUCGGGCGCUGGUGGCUUUUCAUAGUGGCAAUUUUGAAGCUCUGUACCAGAUUCUGCAGAACCACCGCUUCACCCGAGAUUCCCACGGCAAGCUGCAGGCCCUGUGGCUGGACGCCCACUACCGAGAGGCUGAGAGACUCAGAGGGCGCCCCCUAGGGCCCGUAGAGAAGUACCGCAUCCGCAAGAAGUUCCCUCUGCCCCACACCAUCUGGGACGGAGAACAGAAGACUCACUGCUUCAAGGAGCGAACUCGGAGUAUGCUGAGGGAAUGGUACCUGCAGGACCCCUACCCCAACCCCUCCCGAAAACGACACCUCGCCCAGGCCACCGGCCUCACCCCCACACAGGUGGGCAACUGGUUCAAGAACCGACGGCAACGAGAUCGCGCAGCUUCAGCUAAAAACAGGUUGCAGCAGGACUCCAGCCUCCUGUCCUCUGGUUCCCAGGACUGUCACCCCCACCUCCAGCAGGGGUCCCCCCCUCAGCCAGGGAGCCCCGAGACCAGCGACUGCAGCACCGGCACAGAGCAGCGUGGGACCUCCACCCCCAACAUCUCUGUGUGCAGCGACAGCGACUUCGACCCCUGAGACCCCCGGACCGCCAGGACCGGCAUUGGAAAGGGGCGGUGAAUGAGACUUCAUACAGUGUGGCUUACAGGACAGCUCUUUCUCUGCAGCCCAGCCUCGGACUGGAAAGUGCAGCACAUUUUACAUCUCUUGACGGUGGAAUGAAAUGUUAUGUUGAGGAAGCACCUGCUGAUCGAUCUCCUCCACUGUGACUGAAACGGGCUUGAAACAAGGAAGCUGCUUCUGUAAAUCAGUCAUGUGAGGGAACCCUUCUAAAAGUUUCCCAUGGUAAAAGUUUGAUAAAGCACAGUGAAAGUAUGGUACAGCACAGGUAAGCAUUGUAAAGCACAGAGAGGUAAAGUAAAGCAUAGGUAAGCAUUUUAAAGCACAGAGAGGUAUGGUAAAACAUAGACAAGCAUUGUAAAGCACAGAGAGGUAUGAUAAAGCAUAGGGAAGCAUUGUAAAGCACAGAGAGGUAUGAUAAAGCAUAGGGAAGAAUUGUAAAGCACAGAGAGGUAAGGUAAAGCAUAAGCAAGCAUUGUAAAGCACAGAGACGUCUGGUAAAGCAUAUUAAGAAACAUGGCAAACCAUGGUACGUUAUGCUAAAUGUAUACUAUAACCUUGGGUAAAGCUUACUGUGGUAAACUUUUAUAAGGAACAGCCCGUUUACAGGGCUGCAGUUUCUUUUUCCAGGAAAAGACUCCAUUGUGGCUCAAACAAUGGAGUCAACCCCCUGUGUAAACUAUACACCAGAAGAGCCAAGAUGGCUGACAUAAGGCUGCAGUUUUUUCUUCCAGAAGAGCUGUUCACUGCUCUACAAGCUUCUAGUCCAGGGCUUCCCAACCCUGGUCCUGGGGGACCCUGUGUCUUCUGGUUUUCAUUCCAACUGAGCUCUCAAUUACUUAACUAAACCCUUACUUGAACUAAUAAAUUGCUUAAUUAGACCUUUUUAAUUGUUCUCAUCUCCUAAAAAGUUGCAGAUUUCAAGUUACUUUUGACAUUUUAUAGUUAACUUGAAAUCUCCAACUGUUUAAAAGCUGAAAACAAUUAAACCGGUCUAAUUACGCUAAUGAUAGUUCAAUUAAGGGUUCAAUUAAGUAAUGGAGAACACAGUUGGAAUGAAAACCUGAAGACACAGGGGGCAUGAACUGACCGAACAUGUUGGCUAUCUGGUUAAUGCAGGUUUAACUUCUCAAGUAUCUGGUGACAGAACAGUCAUGCUUUUGAUUUAUUAAUGACCCUGUGCCUUUUAAGGACAGGGAGUAGGCGUGGCUAACUGGUCACAUGGCUGUCCAUCAAAAUGACUGACACGCUUACCUCCUAACGGAACACGCCUCCAUAGAUUUUUUUGGAGGACAAAAAAAAAAUAAAAAAUGCAACCAUUUUUUUUUCUUUUUUGUAUAUAUCUAUUGUAAAUACUUAAAAUAAAUGAAUUAUUUUUAUCCAAAAUUGUGCAUGGAGUUAUUUAAUUUUUGCCACUAAUGUUAAAAGGUGAAGUCAUACAAAACUACUUUUAUUGUAAGAUUCAAUAAAAUACAAAACCGUAUAUUAUACACAGUAGACCCUGACAUUGAUGCGAUACAG